AAUGGCGCAGCCGGAAACUAGCCCCUCGACUUCCUCACGCCGGACUCGGAGCUGGGGCCUGCCUGUGGGCGGUACGCAAGGGACUCGACUUCCGCCUUCCUGCUUCCGGUCUGGCAAAUUUAACGCUCUCAGAAGUAUACUGUGGAACCAAAGAAGGUAAAACCACCAAGGGUCAUCAGAAAUUGUGCUUGGCUCACUGAUAAUCCCCGGACAAAAUUAGAGAUCACUACUCAAGCAUAAGCUGACCCCCCAGUUUUCCUAAGACUGCUACAAAGAUGUUUGACAUAAAGGCUUGGGCUGAGUAUAUUGUGGAAUGGGCUGCAAAAGACCCAUAUGGGUUCCUUACAACAGUUAUUUUGGCCCUUACUCCACUGUUCCUAGCAAGUGCUGUACUGUCCUGGAAAUUGGCCAAGAUGAUUGAAGCCAGGGAGAAGGAACAAAAGAAGAAACAAAAACGUCAAGAGAAUAUUGCAAAAGCUAAACGACUCAAAAAGGACUGAAGGAAUGUAUAGGCUCUGCAACCAGAGAAAAAUCAUUUGGAAAAUUAUGCAGCUUUGGAAGGACUCACUAAGGUUUCUUUGGAUUUCAUGAUAGUAUUAUUUAGUAUGAAAUCUGAUCAUGUAGAAGAAUCAUGUUUUGACCUCCAUACUGUAGUUUUAGGCUUGGGUACCGAAGUUUGUAGGUAUCUACUGGCAGUUAUAAAUAAACAUACAUACAGGUUGAGCAUCCCUAAUCAGAAAAUCUCAAACUUGGAAUGCUCCAAAAUCCAAAUUUUUUUGUGCACCAACAUGAUGCCACAAGUGGAAAAUUGCAGUAAAAACACAAGUAUGCUAAAAAUAUAUAAAAAUACCACAUAAAAUUACUUUCAGUCUAUACGAAACAAAUGAAUUUUGUGUUUAGACUAAGGUUCUGUCCUCAACACAUCUCAUUAUGUAUAUGCAAAUAUUUCAAAAUCUGAAAAAAAUCAAACACUUCUGGUCCCAGACAUUUCAGAUAAGGGAUACCCAACUUAACAAUACAAAUUCUUCAUAGGUGAUUAAGUUAUUUGCCAUUUUGCAGCUUUUGUACUGAAAUGAUUAUGGAGAAAUGAGUUUAGAUUGUGAACUUUAUUCAAAUAGUGGCUUAAAAUGGGAUCCUGUUCUGAACAAAAUAUGUUAAGAAUAUAAGACAAUUAUCCUUUCUGAGGUGAAAAGUUUGUUCUUAAAGGAGAUACAGUAUAUUAAUCACAUCUUUUAUCAUUAUUGCUUAUUCCUUGGAAUGUACUCAUUUUUGGAUUUCUCAAAGUAAAAUAGUAUUAAUGAGUAUACAAGUCUGUUUUCUUCUUUUUUUUUUUUUCUGAUUUUAGCCUUUAAGACAACUGGUGAUUAUCAAGACAUUCUCAUUUUUAAAACCUAAUUUUAUAAAGAAUUUUCUUGAUUAUGUAGAAUACUGUCUUCUGGUUAUAACAGUCUUUGUACUUAUGAACAUUGCCAUUUUCUUAAGAGAUGUGUUGUUGAGAAGAAUGACACUAUGAUUUAAAGCUUGUAGUAAAAAGGCCAAAUACUGUAGUAUCUUGGAACCAUUUUAUUUUUGUGUUAUAUAAAACAGUGAAACAGUGAAAAAGUUUUAUCAGGUAAUUUGUUGGUUAUAUAGAUGGCACUUUUGGUUUUAUUCCAUUCUUUAACUCAUAGGUAGUGAUGUCCUGUACUUUUUGAUCCAAAAAGUUUGAGGUAAAAAUUGAAAUUUCAUAUUUUUUUUAAUAGAGUUAACAGCUAAGCCAUAACUUCUUCAAUGGUAAGAAAGGCUUAAAAUUUGGGAAGAUUUUGUCGGGUAUAGUAAUAAUUGUACAAAUAGAAUAAAAUUGUAUUCAAAAUGAGAAUCAUAUAAUUCAAAGUACAGAGCUAAAGGAUCUCUCCUUAAGUAGUAUAACUGGAACUUUGACUAUUAAACAUGGCUUUUCUAAA